AUGACUUUAAUUUCCUCAAUUACCAAAAUGGGUUCAGUCCAACAACCAAACAAUUCCUCCACUGCCAAGUUUGGAACAUCCACCUACAUCUCUGUAACUCAAGGAUCCAAUGACACUGAGAGUCUCAUCAAUCUGAACAUCUUGGCCAGUAUCCUCGGACUUCUUGGUAUUAACAUUGGACUCAAAGUUGGC